AUCAACGUCUCGCCUUUCGUCCAUCACAUCGGUGUGGUAAACAAUAAAUCCAUAUGCGCAGAGGUACACGAAAGGCCGUGAUCAAUCUUGGCUUAUUUGUUUCCGCCAUUAUUGUUCUUCUGUACUUGAACAGUGCCCCUCCGAACGGUGGAAACCAUUCCCUUGCCUGGACAACGGUCCGCUAUCAAUCAUCAAAUGAUGUAAAAAUCAAACCUCGAGGCAGCUGUCCUGGUCUAUCUGAGACAAAGAAACCAGCCCUUGUUGUUGCCAGAACCAGCGAUGAAGAUACAAACUGGCUUGACGGAUUGAAAACAAAGUAUCAUCUCUGUGUAUACACAGUGGAUGUUGAAGACACGACGUCCAGCUAUCUACAAGUUCCAGCCAACCGAGGUCACGAGUCUAUGCCGUAUCUUACAUUUAUCAUUGACAACUACGACGAUAUUCCUGCUGCGGGUGCAGUUUUCGUCCACGGCUCACGCAUCGCAUGGCACAAUGAUCAUCCUCAGUAUGAUAACGCGAAGCUGCUCGCCACGCUCAACAUUCAGACCGCGCUUGAGACAAAUGGCUAUCACAACCUGAGGUGCGACUGGUCAGCAAGUACAUGUUCACCCAAGGAGGCCCUACCUCAAGGCAGCUACGAGACGCGAUCGAGAGCGAUGCUGGAGCCCUGGAACGAGCGGGUUGUGUCAGACGCUGCUUUACCUGGAGCUUUUGCCGCGAUUUUUGGCGGCCUUGCUCAUAGCAACAAGGACCCAAAGGUUCAUCUCGGUCGAAACGAUCCACUCAGGGCCCAAUGCUGUGCGCAGUUCGUGGUGUCGCGCGAUUCGAUAUUGCAGCACUCUCGCGACGAGUACGCAGCAAUCCGUCAGUGGCUUUUGGAUGGAUCUGAUGGGACACAUAAGUCUGUUCCCGGUGCCUCCUCCCCCGAUGAUCGAAUUGCAGGAAGAGUUUUGUCAUAUCUUUGGCAUGUUCUGUUCAUCAAACACGACCCGUCUCAAGAGACAUUGGACCUGGAGAAGCUUAAUGAGGCCGGAUGUCCGACUGCUGCUGAAUGCUACUGUAAGCUCUACGGACGAUGUGAUUUGAUAUGCAACAAGCCUGGAAAUUGUCAAGGACAAUACCGGCUUCCCCCAGACUUCAAAGUACCUAAAGAUAUAGUGGAUGCGUCAUGAUCCCCCAGGAUCGCACAGAUUUUGUUCUCUAAAAUGUGCGCUGGUACAAAAUGAACGGCAUUUCCUGAAUGAAAAUUGCUGAUCGACUGUGAAUGAUUCAUUCAAAUUGGGUCUCAGGUUGAACGAUGGCGUAACUAAGAUGCAAAAAAGCCGACGGAGUCGCUGUUAGUCUCGACAUAUGGCCCAAGUUCUGCUGCGAUCGACGUGUUUAAGUAGUUAGGACUGAGGCGGAUGUUCUUCGAUUGGUAUCCAAUGCAUGUACAGCUUCUUGGGCUCGGCAUUUGCCAUUUGUAAGAUUGGAAGGCGACACAUCUUGUACGACUUACUGCUAAGGGAACUGGGGAAAUUAAAUCAAGCGCGCCAACAGUUUUGCGGAAGGCCACGACGUGGUUUGCAUGAAAACUAUCCAACUUCUCCUCGCAAUAGAAAUGGACAUUAUAUCUAUUCAUAUUCUCG